ACCCGAGUCUCUGGCGGUUCAAGAUACCAAUAAGCUUCGGUCAAGCCUCGGCCCGUGGUCCAAGACCAACGCAGGCGCCGAGAGCGGAGCAACGAAAUGUGAGUUAUUGGGCUCUGUGAAGCUCCGUGGACGGCCAAUAGGCGACGGGUCGCGAAAAUGAAGCGGAUCGUUGGGGGUGUCAAACGGGCAUUGAAGGGACGCAGAUGUCGAACGGCGAGUCGGCGGGUUGAUGUGCAGAAGUUACAAUGCCCGGGUGCGCCCCGACCGGUUUGGACAGCGUGGUGGUGCGUGGUGGUUGUGGGCGGAUGCAAUAUCAAGGGCGGCGCUCCAAGGGACUGGGGGGCAAGACCUCGAAGCAUGAGGGACGGGCCAGCACGUUUUUCAAAGCAGCCAGCAUCUGGCACACAAGUGGAAAGCUGGGGCGGGUCGCUCGCGGGUGGGGAGCGAGGGGGUCAACGAGGGCCACGAUUGGCCAGCAGAGCUGGAAUUGAUGGCGCAUUGCAUCCACCCCAGAAAUCGUUCCUUUGCAGCCACAUGGUGUUGUCCGCAUGGUCUAGGAUCUCGCUGCACAUGCCUCUAGCACGGACGGCGCGAUCCAGGGUGCCAGCCCGCGAAAAGAGGGCGGUGACUGAACGAAGGUCGCACUGUCCGUCGAGGUACCUUACUCGGGCCAUACCCCUCCCACUCUAACCGUACAGGGCCGUAGCCGCGGGCCGAAAACGGCAGGAGCUUAAAUCCUAGACUGGGAUGAGCCUGCCGUUCUCCCGUAGCACCCUCCGCCUGGGGUGUUCAUGAUCUGAUAUGACAUACC